ACGCGCCCCAGUCUUUUGUUUCGGCCAUCAUCGGCAGUUUUCGCAUUUAACCGUCGGAUACCAGUCAUUUAGCUAGCCAAGCUGAUUAGCCUGCUACCACAGCUAAUGUUUGUAGGAUAUUUAACGUUCCUCGAAUACUACUGGAUGGUACAAACAUUGUAAAAAAAAAAAAAAAAGAUGGCGGACGUAAAGGGACAAGGAGUUUGUUCCCCGGUUCCUCCGUUGCCUCGCCCUUCCUCUCGUAACGGCUCCGGUAGCGGCAGCAUUACGCCAGACACCGGGGGCAGCUGGCAGACGCCAACCACCGUUACCUCAGGCCCCAGACUGGUGAGGAUAGUAAAGUCGGACUCUGGCUACGGCUUCAACGUUCGGGGGCAAGUUAGCGAAGGCGGACAGCUGCGGAGCAUUAACGGGGAGCUGUACGCUCCUCUGCAGCAUGUGAGUGCUGUCCUCCCCGGGGGAGCUGCGGACAGAGCCGGUAUAUCAAAGGGGGACAGGAUCUUGGAAGUCAAUGGGGUUAACGUAGAGGGAGCAACACACAAGCAGGUGGUGGAUCUGAUCCGGGCUGGCGAGAAGGAGCUGGUGCUGACCGUUCUGUCCGUCCCGCCGCAGGAAGCCGACUCCUUAGAUCCCGGCGACGACAUGUCGGCUUUGUCCUGUUACGACUACUCCGAUAAGCAGGCCGUCCCGAUCUCCAUUCCCAGCUACAAACACACUGAGCUCAGUGGUGAAAAGUUUGUGGUAUAUAAUGUAUACAUGGCGGGAAGGCAGCUGUGCUCUAAGCGUUACCGGGAGUUUGUGAUUUUACACCAAAACCUUAAGAGGGAAUUUGCCAAUUUUACUUUUCCCAAGCUUCCUGGGAAGUGGCCGUUUUCACUUUCCGAGCAGCAGCUAGAUGCACGCCGCCGAGGCUUGGAGGAAUACCUGGAAAAAGUCUGCUCAGUACGGGUAAUUGGAGAAAGCGACAUCAUGCAGGAGUUCUUGUCUGAAUCAGAUGAGAACUAUAAUGGGGUUUCAGAUGUGGAGUUGAGAAUAGCUAUGCCAGAUAAGACAACGCUCACUGUUAGAGUUCGUAAAAACUCCACAACAGACCAAGUUUAUCAGGCUGUGGUAAUGAAGCUUGGUAUGGAUAGUAUUACAGCCAGCUACUUCGCUCUGUUUGAGGUCAUCAACCACACCUUUGUGCGUAAACUGGCCCCCAAUGAGUUCCCUCAUAAACUUUAUAUACAGAACUAUACCUCAGCCAUCCCAGGAACCUGCCUCACUCUGCGAAAGUGGCUCUUCACCACAGAAGAGGAGAUCUUGCUCAAUGAAAACCAGCUUGCUGUUAACUACUUCUUUCAUCAGGCAGCUGAUGAUGUGAAGAAAGGCUUCAUCAAAGUUCAGCAGAAGUCUUAUCAGCUCCAAAAGCUGGCAGAGCAGAUGAAGAUGUCCAUGUACCUGGGCUUGUUGCGGAGCUGUGAGGGCUACAAUGAGAUCGUAUUCCCGCAUUGUUCCUGUGACUCUCGACGUAAAGGCCAUGUGAUCACAGCAAUCAGUAUACAGAACUUUAAGCUGCAUGCCUGUACAGAAGAAGGUACACUUGAGAACCAAGUGAUUGUAUUUGAGUGGGAAGAGAUGCAAAGAUGGGACACAGAUGAAGAGGGCAUGGCUUUCUGCUUUGAAUAUACACGGGGAGAGAAGAAGCCACGCUGGGUGAAGAUUUUUACUCCCUAUUUUAACUACAUGCAUGAGUGCUUCGAAAGAGUCUUCUGUGAGCUGAGGUGGAGGAAAGAGGUGGAAGAGGAGGCCACAGACAAGGACAACAAGAACUGCAGUAAAGAUGGCAUGUGUGGAAAGAACAUUUUCCAGCUGCUGAGGCACAGAAGAGAUGGAGGAACGUAGAGGGUGGCGUUUCACCGUCUCAGCUGAGUGUUUACCCUGACCCAGUCUCGCUCAUCCAUGAACUUACAUGGUCAUCAUUUACACUCCAUUAACUACUAUACAAGAAGCUGCUCCCCACAUGUUAACCGACAACCAUUUGCUGAAAAACAAUGAAAACAGAAGCAUUUAGAAGAACUACAUGACUCACGAGCCAGAACUUAUGAAUCCAGCACUUCAUAAACAUGUGUUAAACUAAAGCCUCUAUGGACUGAAGGGGAUGGAUUCAUCCAAGCCUUUCCUUCUUGGGUUGGACUCAGCAUGGAUUAUGAAAUGCUACCAGGGAUCAUUUAAGCUUUUUUUCCCCCCUUUCUUUUUUUCAACUGAAAAUAUAAAAAUUUCAAGUGAAUUACUGGUGCACAAACAAUGAAACUGAAACCAAUCAGAGAGAGGAAUGGAGGAAAUGACCGAUCAGCAAUACUUAUCCAUAUCCUGCAGAUAGGAGUCAAAGCAAAACAAGAUCCUGUGUUGCAACAUUUGGUCAAAUCAGGUUACAUGUUUAAAUUUGCUUUAGAAAUAAUCAUUAACACAAACAAGUAUGACAAACUACUUGUUAUUUGGAAUUUUUAUGUGGAUGAACAUGAAGAAGAAACUUGGAUUUACACUAAUAUUGCACUUUAUCAAACUUUAUGAACAGCUAUAAGAUGUGCAGAUUGAAACAGGGAAAUGAUACAAGUGCUCAAUACUGGAAUAAGGUUAUACUACAUAUAAUUUUUUUAUUGGAGUUGAAUUAUAGAUUGCAGUCUCAACUAAUGUUAAAGCCAUGGCUUUAACCUUUGUUUACAGGUAACUCUCAGUAAAUUACUAUAUCUUAAAAUAAUUAUUUUAUUAUGGUAAUUCCAUUUAAAAAAAUUUACUUAUAAUUUCGAUGAAUUAAAUGCAGAAAGAGAGAUAUGUUUGAUGUGUGUUUCAGUUAAUUUUGACGAUUUUGGCAAGAAGAUCCAAAAUUCAGUUUCUCUGAAAAGUAAGAUAUAUUUUUUGUUUGUUUGUUUUUAAUUUCUGAAAUCUUUAAAGGGACAGUGUGUAAGAUGUAUCACCAUCUAGUGGUGCAUUAAAUGAAUUAUAAAUGACAUUGGUGCCUCCCCUUUAAGUUUGCGACACCUACUAAGGAAGCUGUGGAGUGACAUGUUCUAAUAGCAGCUAAUAACUGUUGCAUCAGAGCUCAUCCAAUGUAGGCUAAAAAAAUUAGUUGUCUCUGCUAUAAAUACAAAAUAAAAUUAACUGCUUUAUUGAAUGACCUUACCUGUCCAGCAGAAACCCUGCAAUCUGAGUGUCCAUUUCGUCCUCUCCGUCAUAAAUUAUCCCCACCUGGUGAAACCUGCUCCAAUGUGAUUUUUUUGUCCUCGUUAUUACGUCUUUUUCCUUUUUUUGAUUUGUUUCUUUUGCCUCUCAAUCAACAUAAAGUACAGAUGUUCUUCCAUUGCAAUAGAAAGAGGACGAUAGAACAAUCUAGAGUUGUUUUUGCAUGUUUUUAACACUUCGGACACCACCAACCUAUUUCCAGAUAGUAAAACAAUGCCGCCAAGUUUAGCCUCUCUCUGCUUCUCUAAUCAAAAAUACUGACAUGACAUGGUAUCCCCGAAAGGGUGCACCACCCCUUAUAUAUUUAUAAACAACUAGUUCUAAGCAAUGAGAAUGUGCUCUUCUUUUAUAUCAUGUAAUUAGACUUUUACAGAAUUUGUAUUUAUUAAACCAAUUCUAGAUUUUUGCUAAUUAAAAGUCAGAUUUGUUACACACUGUCCCUUUAACCUUGGCCCAAAGAAUUAUAGCUAAAGAAGCUGGUUUGUUCUGUGUUGUAGACAGAUGUUCGUUUUUAGACACUCCAGCUGCUGCCUCUUCCAUAUCAAAUCCCCUCCCAAAACUUGAAUAGGCUUUAGUUUUCCCUAUUGCUUGUGCGCUUUUUGUUUCCUUCUGCUCAACUUGCUUGUAUAACUCUGACAACUCCAGCUUCCUCAGAAAACAUCUCGUAACCCACAGCAUAACCGUGUUUCAAAUCUUUUCUUUUUGUCUAAUGAAUAGACAUUUUUUUUUCUGAGAAACAGAAUUUUAUAUUUUUAGUAGUGGUAACCCAUAAUCAUCAAAAUUAACUUUAAUAAAUGCUUGAAAUAUUUAAUUUCUGUGUGAUGAUUGUUUACGGAUUCAGAUUAGUUACUGACAGAACUUUGUCUGCCAAUUAAACUAAUUUGUUUUGAUGCACCUGUACCUGCAGUAUCAUGGGAGCUCUACAUGCAAAAGGGAAAUAUUGUAUGAAAUGAUGUUCAGGGUGAAUUACUCAGAAUAAACAGCAGGGGUCAUUCUGUCCUUUCUGCUCCCUUGUU